AUGCUAUUCUCAAAGAUCUUCACCCUCACCGCACUCGCCGCUUCGUACACCCUAGCUGAAGAGGUCUUCCUCUCCAACUGCCACCGUGGCUCGCAAGCCCGUUCCGCAAUGUUUUACUACCCGGGCACAUAUGAUGGCACCAUCCCACCCAACAAUAACCAGUGCUUUCUCUCGUCUUAUAACGACGGACCCAUCCACUGGGAAGGGACCAAGCGCAGUUGCAAGUUUCCCACUGGCGUGACCUUUACAUCGAAUCUCAUUGCCACUGCCCACGAGCAGUCGUACAAUACCCUAGUCGGCACGGGCGACAAUGGCAAACCUUGGGACUGCUACCGGGACAACGAUGUCGCUCUGUUUACCUUGCCGGACGGCGGAACGUGCUUCACCAUCUACAGAUGCUUCCCUGUCUAG